AUGGCUGAUGUGAAAUUAGAUCGUCAGUCUCGUCGUGAUUGGGAAACUUCUCUUGGAAAUUCCACGAAUCCUCCAACGUUUGACCAAUUGAAAACCUUCUUUCAAACCAGGAUUCGGACCUUGGAAGUUUUAGAUUCUGAUGCAAUUCAAACUAAUCAGUCUUCGUCUCAACAAUCUUCCAAAUCUCAGUUUCAGAAGAAAAGGUUUGGAAAGUUCCAGAAAUCCUCGAGUUCUACAACAGCCAACGUCAACGCAAUUUCAGAGCAGUCAAUGAAGGAACAAGCAGCUAAAGAGCAGCUUACGAAGAAGCCACAGCCGCGAACCGCAUUAUUUAAUGUCGUGACCGCAGUUUCAAAGUCAAAUCGUGCUUCAAAGAAAUUGUGUCAGAUUUGUCAGUCGAAGCAUCAUACGGUACUUCAUGACCCAUCAGCUCAGAUUUCUCAGAAGAAGUCACCGUUGGUUCUCCUGAUAACAGCAAUGGUCAAUGUGAGUACAUCAUCUGGUCAUACACAGUGUGUUCGAGCAGUUAUCGAUCAAGGCUCAGAGGUGUCCAUAAUCUCUGAGUCCCUUGCUCAAAGUCUCCAACUCCCUCGUACCAAAGGACCUGUUGUUCUCCUAGGAGUGGGGGAAACUGAGGAAGAAGAGUGUGGAAACCUUUUCCAAAAGACUCACUCUAGGACUAGAGAUGGGAGAUACGUCGUGCAUCUGCCCAUCAAGCGUGACGUCACAUCGUUAGGAGAUUCCUAUUCUGAAGCUCUUCGCAUGUUACUUCAUAUGGAACAGCGGUUCAAACGAGAUGUUCAUCUCCAAGAAGCGUAUGCCAAAUUCAUGGAAGAAUACCAUCAACUUCAGCAUAUGAAGUCCGUCAACAUCCCUGUAGAUCCAAGGAGUAUCUCGUGGUCAUUUUUUCUUCCGCAUCAUGGAGUUUGGCAUGUCUUGCUGCAGUGGCGUCUUCACUUCGUUGUCUUUUCUGCAGAUGUCGAAAAAAUGUAUCAACAGAUUAUUGUCCAUCAAGAUGAUCAGGAUCUCCAGCUUAUUCUGUGGCAAGAAAAUCAAAAUGAGCCCGUCCAAGUGGAUCUUAGGCCUAUUAAAUAUGUGAUCACAAAGCGCCUUGUCGUCAGCCAGUCAGCCCAAUUAAUUGGUCCUGUAGCAUGGUUGGCACCUGUUAUCACCGUCGCAAAGAUCUUUAUGCAGGAACUUUGGAAGCUUAAUUUAUCCUGGGAUGAUCCUUUACCUGAAGGAGCUCGUCAUCGCUGGAUACAAUAUUAUGAAGAUCUUCCUCGUCUUUCCGCAGUCAGGAUACCUCGCUGGAUAGGAUUUCGUUCGCGAAUGUGCUCUUUCGAACUUCAUGGCUUUGCUGACGCUUCUGAAAAGGCGUACGGUGUUGUCGUUUAUUUAAAGACAGUUUCGCCUAACGGAAAUUAUUUUAUUGGACUCAUUUCUUCUAAGACAAAGGUCGCUCCUGUUCAAACUGUUCCGCUUCCUUGUCUUGAGCUACGUAGCUCAGUUUUGUUAGCUCGUCUCGUCGCUCACCUUCAAACUCAACUGCAUUUUGAUGCUGCUCUACAUUUGUGGUAUGAUUCUAUGAACACUUCAUUGGAUUUCAGCUGUUCCUACAAGAUGGAUGACAUACAUCGCGAAUCGUAUUUCGGAAAUUCAAACGAUCGUUCCUUCAGCAAUUCUCGCGGGUUGUCAGCUUGCGAACUUUCGCAGUUUUCACUCUGGUGGAAUGGUCCUCCGUGGCUUAAAAGGCCAGAAGAGUGGCCUUCAUCUGUGCUUGGUCCACCAGAAAAGACAGUGUCCAAAGAAGAACGUCGAGUUACUGUCAACGUAGCAGUUCGUGUUAAUGAUCCGUGUGAUCUUCUGAGUCGUUAUUCAUCUUUAGACAAAUUACUACGAGUCACUGCUUUGUGUCUUCGUUUUCGUGACGCUUUGAAGUGUCGUUCUAUUAUAGUUUCUCGGAUUUUAGUUGCAUCAGAUCUUCGAACAGUUCUUUUAUUCUCGAUUCAGCAAGAACAAAAUCGCUAUUUUUCUAAUGAAAUCACCGCUCUGAAAAAUAAAGUGCAGAUUUCUAAGAAUAGCACUCUAAUAAAGUUGACUCCAUUUUUUGAUGGUCAACUUCUUCGUGUCGGACGUCGCUUAAAGCACUCUCUUCUCACUUAUGAUGAGAAACAUCCACUGAUUCUACCUCCAGAGUCUAUUCUCACAACUGUUAUCAUCCGCGACAUUCCAUGCGUCAGAAACAGAGGUAAUACUCAGCAACAGCUGAUGAGUGACCUCUCUUCCAUUCGCAUUACUCCACCUGAACGAGCACUCAUGAACACUGGGGUAGACUAUGCUGGCCCCAUCAAUGUUCGCACCUCCAAAAGACGAGGUCACCAUUCCCACAAAGCCUGGAUUUGUAUUUUCGUCUGUUGUGCCUCCCGCUCAGUUCAUCUCGAGUUGGUUUCUGAUUACACAGCAGAAGCCUUCAUAGCUGCUUAUAUUCGCUUUAUUUCUCGUCGUGGUCUUUGUCGAACGUUGUCUAGUGACGAAGGUACGAAUUUUGUGGGAACAGAUCGUCAACUACAGGAAAUGUUUUCUGAGGCAUCAGCAAAGUUUGCUGCGGUCGCUACAUACCUUGAUUCGCAUGGUACCCAGUGGAAAUUCAACCCUCCUGCAGUACCUCACUGCGGAGGUUUAUGGGAAGCUGCAGUUAAGUCGACAAAAUUCCAUCUUCGUCGAGUCAUUGGAGACUCUACAUUGACGUUUGAAGAAAUGACCACCUCGAUCCAAGUGAACUACUUCAUCGCCAUCCAUACAGAUUGGUGA